GCCCAAACCAAACCCUAAAGCCUCACCGCCUUGUUCUUGAUCUCGCCUUCUUCUUCGCCCUCCUCAAAACCCUAAUCCUCCUCUUCCUCCUCGCCGACCGCCAUGGAGUUUUGGGGGCUCGAAGUUCAGCCUGGCAAAACUGUUAAGGUCGAUCCUGGGGAAAAUAAAUUGUUACAUCUUUCACAGGCAUCACUAGGGGAGGUGAAAGAUAAAGGAAAUGAAGGCGUGCCAGUAUUUGUGAAGUUUGACAAUAAAAAGCUAGUUAUUGGAACUCUCUCCGCUGACAAGUGUGCACAAAUUCAGUAUGAUUUGGUGUUUGAGAAAGAAUUUGAACUAUCUCAUGGAUCGAAGAACACGAGCAUCUACUUCUUGGGCUAUAAGACUGUAAUUCAGGAGGAAGGCGAGUUGUCUGAUGAAAUGGAUACCGAAUCUGAAUCUGAUGAGGAGGAUAUUCCACUGGCCCAGAAUAUCAAUGGCAAAUCUGAGGUAAAGGAAGAAAAGCCCAAGCCCUCAGCUGGAAAACCAAAUGCUCUAAAGGCUGAUGCUUCAGUUGCCAAGUCAAAACCUAAGAUAGAGGUAGUUAAAGAUGAGAAGCGGAAAGCUGAUGAGAAUGAUGACGAUGAUGAUGAUGAUGAUGAGUCUGAAGAAGAUGAUUCUGAUGGUGAUGAGGACAUGCUUGACGAGGAUGACGAUAGCGAUGAUGAAGAUGCGGAUGAAAGUUCUGAUGAAGAGGAAGAGGCUACACCUAAGAAGGUUGAAACUGGUAACAAGAGGCCAGCUGGUUCUGCAUUAAAGACUCCUGCUCCAGAAAAGAAGGCAAAGGUGAUUUCUCCAGCUGGGAAUCAAAAAACAGGUGCUGAUGGUAAGAAAGGCAGCUAUGUUGCAACUCCUUAUCCUGCAAAACAAGGGAAAACUCCAGCAAACAGUGACAAGUCUAAGCAGCAAACUCCUAAAUCUGCUGGCUCAAUCUCCUGCAAUUCAUGCAGCAGAACUUUUAACUCGGAUAAUGCUCUUCAAGCACACACCAAAGCGAAGCAUAGUGGCGGCAAAUGAGUAGAUUGCGGCAAGUACCACAUAGUCAGUGGCUUCAUUGUCAUGUCCAUUUUUGGAUCUUGCAAUUUUUCUUGGUUCGAGUCUUAGGAUAGGAGCAUCCCCAAUUAGAAAGACUUGAUAUUCUCCUCAGGUUUUCCUUGUUUGCUGCUAAGCUUGCUUGGAUGAUACCUAAAAUCUUAUGUUUAUUGGUUUUAAGCUGCACUCAAGGUAAUUAGUAUGAUGAUGAAACUGACCUUUGUAUUAGUAGUGUUAUCUUGAGAAAUCUGAUGGACUACCAGACGCAAGUAAUAACUAUUAAAGCAAUAUCUUGGGUAAUGUUCAUCAAGCUUCUAUUUUCUUGA